AGUAUUUUCUUUUAAAAAAGAACCGUCCGGACGCGCGUCAUUUAACUAGACUAGUUCAAUUUAUCUUUGUGUGUAUAAAAAGUAGGUCAAAAGAAUUAGCGGAAGCAAAAUUAGCUGAGACAGAGCGGAGGAGUCAAUGGAAAACUCAAAGAGGAAGCAAAAGUUGCAGCUUAUAAUUCCUCGCAAUCGCAAGAAGAAGACGCUAUUUGCUUUGGAUGAUGUGACGGACGAAGUGCUUCAUGAAAUACUGAUUAGACUAUCAACCAACAAAGAAGAAACUCGUUGCAAAUUGGUUUGCAUAAUAUCCUCUCAGCACUUCCAUGGUGCCGCUCUAAUUCACCCUCGCAAUAAUCAUGAUAAUAAAACUCUUCUCCCUUUUACUCUUCUUUUUAUGCGUGAACGAACAAGUUUAGAAUACGUAAGAGUUUCUUAACGCAAAAAGCUUAUCGAUCAAGGCGUACCGUGGAUUUAAGGUUUCUCCGUGAUGAUCCGUUCACUGAUCGUACAUUUAGUUUGGCUGCAUCCUCUGGUGACUUAAUACUGUUAAGAGCUGAUAUAGUCUGUGCUGCGUUUUAUUAUAUAUGUAAUAUUGUCACUCGGCAAUGGACUGCUCUUCCUCCAGCUCCGUCAUACUUAAGACGCAGGUUAUGUGGAGAGAGCGUUGGGUUCUUUUAUGAGCCUUUCGAUAAUGAUGAUCGACGUAAUAAUUAUGUUGUGCUGCGAUUUAGUGCUUGUGAUUGAUAUUUUCAUGAAGGUGAUCCUAGGUUUGAUGUUGAUAUAUUUUCGUCCGAUAAGGGAGCAUGGACCAGAUCUGUUGUUAUGUCUCCGCCGCUUUUUGAUUCUUCCUAUGAUGCUCAGACUCCGGUUAUUGCUUGUGGAGGGAAGUUUUAUACAUUGAAUUAUAGAAAUGGCGUUGCAGUUAAUUGUAUUUUCGCGUUUGAUCCGUUCACUAAUGAUCCUGCUCGGUUGCUACACACUAUUGAUUUACCAUUUGAGGCCCCUAAUAGUUGUAGGGAGAACAAAUUGGGGUUGUGUCGGGGUCGUCUACAUUUUGCUCAAUUAAUUUUGCAACAAAGUAGAUACCCUUGUGUUACUGUAUGGGAACUUGAGGAUUACAGAAGAGGGAAAUGGACAUUGCUGCACAAGAGAAUCCCGACAAAACAGGCGUUAAGAAUGCGCUAUUCCCGUCAUGGUACUGCAAAUAGUUUAUCUUUACUAGCUUUUCACCCGUGCAAUAAGGAUCUUCUCUGUUUUCUUGUAAGUAAUGAUCUUAUUGUCGUGUACAAUAUAAGAACAGAUAAAGUGGAAAGCUCUACCCGCAAUUCUCUAUUCAUGCAGCAGGAUCGAUAUCCACCAAGAUCACUAGUACCAGGUAUGCUACCAAUUACGUACCCAACAGUGGUGGCCAACUCCAGUAUGACAAUCCCUUUGAUCUCUGAGCUUCCUUUCAAAGAAUGACGUGGCAAACGUGUCAGGUGUGGCAGACGUGGGGGAGAGUGUGUUACACUCACCAAAAAAGGGUUUAAAUUAUUGUUUUUUAGUGGGUUCAGGGGUCCAGAUGACAAACAUGUACAUAGAAGUGUCCAACUUACAAAACAGACAUAGCACAGGGUCCAGAAGGUCAUUUUGUCUUUUGUUAAAUCUGGUAGAAUCUAGUACUCCUUCCAUUCCAAAAUAAAUGUAGUACUCCUUCCAUUCCAAAAUCAAUGAAUUUUUGAGUUAUUU